AUGUCACAGCAGCAGGAGAAGCCACAACGACCACCACUCAUAGACUUCAAUGGAGUCUGCUUCAGUAAACACUUCACUGAUAACUGGGAAAAUGUUCAACAUUUUAAAGCCAAACCCGAUGAUAUCCUUAUUGCAACAUACCCCAAAGCGGUGGUGUUUGGGUCCUGGUACAAUCACGUCAACAACUGGUGGAAAAAGAAGCAAACCUAUCCCAAAAUCCACUUCAUGUUUUAUGAGGACUUGAUAGAGGAUUCGUCAAAAGAAAUACUCAGACUCUGUGACUUCCUCGGCUUGUCUCUUUCGGCCGAGGAACUGGAGAAAGUGAAAACGACAGCGAUGUUUGAUAAUAUGAAGCAAAACCAGAUGAUCAGUUUCACCACCGCCAAACUGAUGGAUCAGAAGCUGUCUCCGUUCUUGAGAAAAGGGAAAGUUGGAGACUGGAAGAACCAUUUCACUGUGGGACAAAAUGAGGAGUUUGACGAAGACUACAGGAAAAAAAUGGAGGAUUCUCAAGUAGUUUUUUGGACGUGUGUUUAA